GCUCGACCGAGUACGCCGCGCAGGACUCGCCGACAGAGAUGCCCGUGCCAACGGAGAGGCCGGAGCUAUCUCCAGUCGAGGGCCCGGGCGAUGGCUUCGACGACGCGCCGAUGGAGGUCGUCCCGGCGCAGGCCGCCCUCGGCGGGGCGGUUGCGCCCUCCUCGCCCACGGAGAUGCCCGUGCCGACGGACCUGCCGUCGCCCGGGGCGCUCGGGGAGGAGGCCAGCGUGCUGCCCAUGGAGAUGGAGGUCGCCUCGGCGGGCGCACCGGAGGAAUUGCUGGAGUCAGCGGAGCCCGCGGAGUCGCCCACGGAGAUGCCAGUCCCCACCGCGGUUCCCUCCCCGACGUCGCUGGGGCCCCCAGACGAGGACGGCGCGGGGCGGGCCGCGCGCGUGGAGCCGCUCGAGCUCCCGCACGGCCCUGGGGCCAGCGACGGCGAGGACGAGGCGCUGCGCUCGGCGCCCCCGUCGUCCCCCACCGAGAUGCCGGUCCCGACGGCGGUGUUGUCACCGACUUCGCCGGCGUUCGCAGACGGCGAAGAGUUUGUGGCGCCUACUGCAUUGGAGACCGCGGCGGCGCGGCCACCACGGGAGACCGCGGAGGAGGUUCUCGAGGUGCUGCCCACGGCGGGGCCGGGGUCCGUCUUCGACCAGUCCGCGGAGGUGAUGUCCGCGCCGGUGCCGACGUCCCCCACGGAAAUGCCC